AAAUAACAGAAGAUUGGAGAGAAGCAGUAGACGGGACUAAGAACUAUACCGAGAACUCCGAUAGUUUUAUUUAGGCCAGGGAAUUUAUCAGAUUCUGCCAAAAUUGGGUCAAGUAUGUCCAAAGUACGCCGAGCAACGCAUGCAGGGAGUUGGUACAACGAUUCAGGUGAUGAGUUGCGACAUCAACUAGAAGGCUGGUUAAACAAAGCUAAGUCUUUACAACAUCCAGCCAGAGCAAUAAUAGCUCCGCAUGCUGGGUAUUAUUACUGUGGAUCAUGUGGUGCUCAUGCGUAUAAACAUGUGGAUGCAACUCGAGUGAAGCGUGUGUUUAUUUUGGGUCCAUCACAUCAUGUUCGUCUGUCUGGCUGUGCUCUCUCCACCACUGAAAAAUAUCAAACUCCUCUAUUUGAUCUUCAUAUCGAUAGUAAAAUUUAUGAAGAACUUUAUGCAACUGGUUCGUUUGAGAAUAUGUCGUUAGAUACAGAUGAAUCGGAACACAGCAUCGAAAUGCAUUUGCCUUAUAUAGCCAAGGUUAUGGAAAGUCGUAAAGAUGAAUUCACCAUAGUGCCGAUAUUAGUUGGGUCGUUGUCACCAGAAAAAGAGCAACAUUACGGGAAAUUAUUGAGUCGUUAUUUAGCUGAUCCAGAAUCUUUAUUUGUUAUAUCUUCAGAUUUUUGUCAUUGGGGUAGAAGAUUUCACUAUACAGAUUAUGAUCAAACACAAGGGGAGGUGUGGCAAUCUAUAGAAGCACUAGAUAAAAAGGGUAUGGAUAUUAUAGAAAAAAUGGAUCCUGUUGGUUUUACAAAAUAUCUCCUGGAAUAUCAGAAUACCAUCUGUGGUCGGCAUCCAAUAGGAAUCCUACUUAAUUGUAUAGAUGCUAUCCGAAAGAAUGGUAAUGGAUAUAAAAUGUCUUUCAAGUUUACAAAAUAUUCACAAUCAAGCCAGUGUACUUCUUUACAAGAUUCUUCCGUUAGUUACGCAGCCGGUUGUCUUAUGUUUCAUUGAUAGCUAUCCCCCUUUUAAUUUACUCCAACAUCUUCUUGUGUCUGCAUCAACCUGAAUCAUGUACAGUCUAGUUAAGACUAGAUGCUAUGUUCAUUCCGUUCCGUUUUUUGGGCUGAUCACUCCAUUAAAGGUGCAUCAUGUAAGAUUUAGAUAAAAAGCUGACUAUUCUCACUAUAGUAGUUCAAAAAUAGGUCAUGAAAACUGAAUAUGCUGAAAAUUUCAGUCAAAUUACUUGCUCCGAGCAAAGUUAUGGUCGUUUGUAGAACAGUGUAGUCUCGAUUGUCAUUACUACUGUUGUUACGAUAAUAAACAAAGUCUUGAUUAUCUAUUUUUAAAUUUAGUCAUUAACUGCCAAUAGUAUUUUAAUCUGUUGAAAAUCAAAACCAUCCGGAGUUCUAGAGAGUUGAUUAUGGGCCUGGAAUGUAAAUAAAUGUCUAAUUAAUGAUUUGUAUAACAUUUUGAGGCCAAACGCUAAAGAUCUGCAAUAGGCAGAUUUGCUUCUUGCAUAAUGCAUUUUUAAUUAACAUCUCAAGACGUGUAUGCAAAUCACAUUCAGGGCCUGCGAUGUCGGCAUGAAAAAAAAUACACUUGAUAGUCAAUCAAAUGUUCCGGACACCAGUUCUCUUUGCUAGUUAAGGGCGGUAUCAAGACUUAAAUUUUUUUUUGCAGAAUUGACUAUAUCAAGGGGUUUUAAAUGGUCUGUACCCAUGACAAUCAAAUGUUACGAACAUCAGUUCUCUUAGCCAGUUAAAGUCUGUCUCUUCAAUCCCUUAAACAUACAUUAUGCAAGAGUUAAAUCUGCCAAUUGCAGGUCUUUCUUUAGAUCUGAAAUGUUAUCUAAAUUAAUAAUUAGACAUUUAUUAACAAAACAAGAACCUAAUCAACUCUCGAUGGCAUCAGAUACUUGAGAUUUUAACUAGAUUAGAACGGUUCACCAAUUUGAAAAUUUAAUUUAAAAAUGGGAAAGCGAAGCUAAGUCUCGAAUAUACCAGUGCCCUGGUUACCACUAUGCACACAUCUUGUCAAAACUACAAACAGUGUUAACGUGGCUUAGAAUAAAGUAAUUUGAAUGAAAUUUUCAAUAUUUUCAUUUGACAUAUAUCUAAUUUUGAGCUAUUAUAGCAAGAAUGGUCAGUUCUUUAUCUAAAUCUUACAUAAUGUAUCUUUAAUGUAUAUCAAGGGUUUUGGUAUCUUCAAUAUGACAUUUCAAAAGGUUUUGCAGAGUUGACUGUAUCAAAGGGUUUGAUUGGUCUUUACAUAUUAUUUCAAUCAAUCACAUAGUGUCUAUUGUUGAAUGAGCUUGAUAAAGACAUGUCUUUAGAUCAAGACGUAGUGGAAUAAAUCAACGAUAAAUAAAACGAAUUGGAAUGUUGAUAUAGAUUUUAAUUAGACUGUAUUAUGUAAAAGGAUUAUUUUCAUCUUGUUUACAUUAUUGACCCUAUGCACCACUUUUACUCAUUCUAGUAAAAGUCGUACUUUAGCCAUAAUUUUUACAACUUUUAUCGCUUUAAACAUGUUUAUAAAUAUAUGAUGGCUGAGAGAGUAAGGUGCUGGCUUACUAACCAGGAAGUCCCAGUUUUGAACCCGGUGUUGACUUGAGAAAGUUCCUCAAGUUGUGCAGGAUGGACGGCCUGGCAAGGAACAGUGUCUAGUCGAGUGGAUGAGACAAAAAACUGAGGUAAAACACACCUGAUUCGAUGAAGACUAUGCAGAAAUACUGCUGUCCGGCAAAUUUUCCCACAUAGCACACUGCAUGAUGUAUGCCCAGCUGGUGCAGAACAAUAGGAUGUUAAACCCCAUUUCAUUUUAUUUUAACCGAUUUCCGAGUAAUGUAAUUUAACUUCUUUAAUGGACAUUUAGUAACUGAACAUAUUAACACAAGAUACAAUUUUAUGGAUACACAAUUACUCAGUUUAAUACUAUGCGAUGUUUCGAUGAGGAUAGUCUCAUCUUGAUCAGCCUAACAUCACAUAGUUUUAAAUUCAGUAAUUGUGUAUCCAUAAAAUUGUACCUUGUGUUACAGUACUUUAUUUUAGUCAUAAUCAAAGAAGCCUAGAUCCUUUAAGAUAGCCCUUUAAAAAUGAACACUUAAAUAAUGUUGUAAAAUCAUCCUAUUAUUAUAAUUUCCUUUUAUUUUUUUUCCAUUUUUUUUUAUAUUUUGUAUUUUUCAUUAUUUAUUUUUAUUUGCAUGGUGAUAUUAUGGAAGUAUAUGCCAAUUUAUUCAGGAUGAGUGAGAAUGAAUAUAUUUGAAAUAUUUAAACAUACAUUAUGCAAGAGCUAAAUCUGCCUAUUGCAGGCCUUUCUUUAGGCCUUAAAUGUUGUCUAAUUUAUUGAUUAGACAUUAAUUAACUAAUCAAGGCCAUAAUCAGCUCUCGAUGGCAUCGGAUUUCUCCGAUAUUAAAUAGGUUAAAACUGUUCAGCCAUAUUUUGAUUUAAUCUAAAAAUGGGAAGAGAGACUUAGCUUCGAUCAACCAGUACGGUGGUUGAAAUUAUUGCACACGUCUUGUCAAACAUUCAAAGGCUAAUAUCUUCGCUCGCAAUAGAGUAAUUUAAAUGAAAUUUUCAAAUUAUUCAUUUUACAUUAUCUAUUUUCGAACUAUUAUAGCAAGAAUGGCUAGCUCUUUAUCUAAAUCUUACAUAAUGUAUCUUUAAGAUAUCUGUGCAUUUAGGAAAUUUGGCAAUUAUAGGAAAUAGUUUUUAUUUCAAUAUAGGCCUUUUUAUUUUACAUGUUUUUAUAUAAACUAACCACAUAUAUAUUGUUAUCUGUCACCAUGGCCCCGGUUGUACGUGACAAGGAGUAGGGUCGCCUGUCCAACCUUGUGGGUUUUCUACGGGUCCUCAGGUUUCCUCCCACUGCUAAAGACCCCUAUGCGCACGCGAAUAAUUGAAAUAAAAUCAAACCAUAUGUUAGUCCUGAAAUGACCUAGUUUGUGUCGAGUGGACGUUAAACCCCAUUUCUCUCUCUCUCUCUGUCACCAUGGUUACAUCUCUUGAGAUGAAGUUGAAAGGUUUGGUUAUAAUUUUGGUUGGCCUGAGCCAGCUGUACUUGAAGAAACAAUUACAACUUUACUAAAUCUAUGUUCUCUUUGAAGUCUGAAUCUGGUAAGGCCACACCAAUUGGAUUUUCUGUUCUUCAGGAAUGCCUGCUUCUUUUCUUCUCCAACCUUGUGGAUUUUCACCAGGCGCUCUGGUUUCCUCCCACUGCUACAUGCAAGCGAAUUAUUGAAAUAAAAUUGAACGAUAUGUUAGUCCCAAAAUGACCUAGUUUCUGUCGAUUUCUCUCUCUCUCUCUUUCUAAUUCUUCAGGAAAAAGACUAAUUUAAAAAUUAGCUUUUGUUUCAAAUUUUUAAGUUUUGAAAUUUUAGACAAAACUUCUUUUACUUGAAAUUGGGGGGUUGGAUGGCUGAAUGGUAACGUGCGCGCGCUGUAUCAUAAAGUCUGUCAUUGAGUCGACUGGUGUGGUUUCGAAUCCCCGGUUGUACGUGACAAGGAGUAGGGUCGCCUGUCCAACCUCGUGGGUUUUCUCCAGGUCCUCCGGUUUCCUCCCACUGCUAAAGACCCCUAUGCGCAAGCGAAUUAUUGAAAUAAAAUUAAACCAUGUUAGUCCCAAAAUGACCUAGUUUGUGUCGAGUGGACAUUAAACCCCGUUUCUCUCUCUCUCUCUUUACUUGAAAUUACAGGGCUAUUUCUUUAUCAAUACCCCAAGAACUGAAAUAUAAAUUGAUUUGGCUCUAAAUUGAUUAAAACAAAUCUGAUUAAAGCACAGAUCAAAUUUCGUUUCGUUUUUAUAGUCAAAUAUUCGAUUUUACUACACUUGGAUCUGGAAGCAUUGUUAUUUAACUCGUGUUCUGCUUGAAAUGAGGGGUCAGCCAAUCAAAUGGUCUGUCGAAUCGAGCGUUUGACCUUUUUUGCGCGGAACUGUGGGUAGACAUUAGCGGCAAUAGAAAUCAAAACAAAGCAAAAGUAGAUUAGAAAUACAUGCCGAUCGCUAAUUGGUUAAUCGAAUGACUGACGUAAUCGGGUCAAAUGUGGCUUGCUUGGUACCUGACGUCAUAGAACGUGAACACCCACUAUAA